UGAAUGCUUUUUCACGAGCCAUUUAUGUAUAUUUGAUCAUUUAUCGCGCAAUUACCAGCUAACUAUGGAAAAUAGUGAUUCUGAAUCGUCUGUGGACCAUAAUAGUUUCGCAUCAGUGAUAAAUCUUUAUGAACAACGUCCUGUGAGUACUGUCUCAGCAGCGAUUACACACGGCGGUGUUCAAAAUAUUUCAUGUUCUUCUAACUGUGGUUUUGAAGAGAUUUGUGUACACAGAAAGGGUAACUGUCAAGAUGCAAACAAUUUAUAUUUUUCGUCACACGACUGCAACUCGGCUGUUUUGGAUGUUACUUGUGCACAAGGAAGUGAAUGGGUUCCCGCUAAUCCGAAUAAAAUUUCGAAAAGUGUUCAAACAUCAUUUAAAUUGAAAAAGAAUAUUUCUUCAAGUCAUAAUUUAUCUACAGAGAAAGAUAUCUAUGCAAAUUCAUUGAAAUUAUCUCCAAUGGAUACUUUAACUCAUUUACAUAUUCCACAGUAUAGACCGUUACCUGCGCAUAAAUUAGGCAUUAUCUCUGAAGAUUUAUCCUCGGCAUUUCCAGUUUUAGAUUUUACAUUCCAACAAAAAUAUCGUGACCAACAUCAACAGCAGCAUCAAAGUGUAUCAGCAUCUGCAACAUUGUCAUCUUCAGGAACAGGAUCGACAGCAGUCACAGUUUAUACAACAACAGUUUAUCACCAUCAGUAA